GUCCAAGAAAUUCAUCGACUUCAUAGACACCUGCCUGAUCAAAGCCUACAUGAGCCGCCCGCCCACGGAGCAGCUGCUGAAAUUCCCCUUCAUCCGCGAUCAGCCCACGGAGCGCCAGGUCCGCAUCCAGCUCAAGGACCACAUCGACCGCUCCCGGAAGAAGAGAGGAGAGAAGGAUGAGACGGAGUACGAGUACAGCGGCAGCGAGGAGGAGGAUGACAGCCACGGGGAGGAAGGGGAGCCCAGCUCCAUCAUGAACGUGCCGGGCGAGUCGACGCUGCGGCGGGAGUUCCUGCGCCUGCAGCAGGAGAACAAGAGCCACUCGGAGGCGGCGCUGAAGCACCAGCAGCAGCUGGCGGCCCAGCACCGCGACUCCGAGGCCCACAUCAAACAGCUGCUGCACGAGCGCCAGCGCCGCAUCGAGGAGCAGAAGGAGGAGCGCCGGCGCGUGGAGGAGCAGCAGCGGCGGGAGCGGGAGCAGCGGAAGCUGCAGGAGAAGGAGCAGCGGCGGCUGGAGGACAUGCAGGUGCUGCGGCGGGAGGAGGAGCGGAGGCAGGCUGAGCGCGAGCAGGAGUAUAUCAGGCACAAGUUAGAGGAGGAGCAGAGGCAGCUAGAAAUCCUCCAGCAGCAGCUACUGCAGGAACAGGCCCUGCUUCUGGAGUACAAGCGGAAGCAGCUGGAGGAGCAGCGGCAGUCGGAGCGGCUCCAGCGCCAGCUGCAGCAGGAACACGCCUACCUGAAGUCCCUGCAGCAGCAGCAGCAGCUCCAGAAGCAGCAGCAGGGGGCGCCGGCGAGCGACAAGAAACCGCUCUACCACUACAACCGGAGCAGCGCCCACGCCGCUGACAAGCCAGCCUGGGCCCGGGAGGUGGAGGAACGGACGCGGCUCAAUAAGCAGAACUCGCCGGCGGCGCAGACCAAGCUGGGCAGCACCGCGUCCGACCCGGCCCUGCAGACACGCUCGGAGUCCGUGUCCCUGGGCUCCGGCCCCGCAGCCCAGAGCCCGCCCAUGCAGCGCCCCGUCGAGCCGCAGGAGGGGCAGCACAAGGUGGGGGGGGCAGCAGCGAGCCCUACUGGCCGUGUGAGCCGCCUCCCUCCCCUCGAACCCGGGAUGGGCAUCGGGGGCUGGGUGCCAGGACUCCUGAGUUCCAUCCCUGAGGGCAGGGUGCCCCGGGCGGGUUCCUAGGGGAGGGGAGGAUCU